AUGCAUUGCCGUUCAAGCUCCUUAAUAUAAAAGACGAGUCUGGAUGAUCAGUCAUCAGAACACAUCAGUGCUCCGAAUUGUAACCAUUUUACUCGUCCUUCAGCGACUUAAACCCUCAGAAAUCAACAAUCAUGAAGUGCAUCGCAGCUGUAGUCAUGAUGGCCCUGGCCGUUGUUGCUGAAGGAAAUCUCGUGCCCUACUCUGGCCCAUUGGCUUACUCUGCAGCCCACACCACGGUUGUCCAGCAGAACGUGGCCCCUCGGUAUAUCUCCACGGUUCCAGUGACCUCCUAUGCCGCUGCUCCAGUCGCUUACGCUGGCGCCCCUGUUACCUACACCGCACCUCACACCACCGUCGUCCAGUCGAGCGUUGUCCCACGUUACGUUGCUCCAGUGGCCUAUGCUGCUCCCUCGGUUGUGGCCUACAACUCUGUCGAUUCGGAAGUCGUUGAAGCCACCCAUGUGGCCGCCCCAGUUGCCACCGUCGUUGCUCAGCCAGCCGUGGCCGUCGUUGCCCAGAAGGAAGCCCGGUAUGUCGCCGCCAACCGUGGAGCCGUGCAUGAUGCUCCUCUCGCUGGACAUACCGUUUCGCAGCAAUCGCUUAAUCUGGAACCAGCUGCGGGAACCGUUUGAAGCGAUUGAGGUACCUGACCACAUAAACGACAUUGACGUUUGUAAGCCAGACAUUGCAAAACUGUGUAGAUCCAAGAGAGUUGAUAAAUUUAUUAUUAAAUGAAACAAUAAUUCCAAAAGUUCA